AUGGCUAUCGGUUCUCCAACUAAGAAGCUAGAGUCACAAACACAGACAAGUAGGACAUCCAACCCACACAGAAAACAAACUCAAAAUGUCCGUAUCGGAGAACAAUAUCGCAUUCUUGAUUAUUCGGUGAAUAUAUUCAGUCCCAUUCCAGGAUUUGAAUCUUUAAGCCUGGAUGACCUCUACUUCGAAUCAAAUCUGGAAGACUACGAUGACGACAAAAACUUGGAGAUCCUCAUGCGUUGUAUAGAGUUUGUGAUGAAGAUCAAGUUUGACUUCCUUUCGAAGGCAAAGCUAUCCUCAAGGACGAAGGCAAAACUGUCCGCCCUUAGAUCAUCUUACCCUAAUGUUGUUGCCCUCAAUCAGUUAUAUGCAAUACUACCGAAUCUUGAAACAUUCGUUGACUCUCGUGUGGAAAAGUUAGCCAUUAUGGGGCGUUUAAAACUCAUUUCGCAUCCUCAAGAAAACAUCCGCUAUAUUAUUCUUACUGAGGAUUUGAGAAGAUUAAUCGAGCAACAUACAAAGUCAGAUCAAAUUAGCUCGCGUUUCAUGAGCCUACUACAAGAUUAUCCUAAUGUUGUGGCAAUUCCUGCUCCGCUACUUUCGAGAAGUGGCCUCAACCCAAGAAUUUUGAUAGAUUCCGGCUUUUUAACUUUUUCGCCUAUUAACGAUUGGUUUACCUUGACUCUUCCAAACCUUGGACCUUUUUGGAGACUAGUGAAGGGAUCCAAUAUGGCCAUCUAUAAGAUAAUAAAGACGACGAAAUUUGAACAGAUACUGGAAGACGAUUUGAGAAUGAAAUACGAGGCGAAUCAGAGCAACUUCGUCAAGCACAACGGGUUGAACAUGAUCUGGAGCUUAAGUUUAAUGACCGGACGAGGAAUUGUAGAAUGUUUCAACUCCCCCACAGGGCGCGUAUAUAAAUUGACAGGAAAGAAAAUGUAA